CGCGCCCCUCGAUAUAUUCUACAAAUGGCAGUCAACUUUUUUCCAUGGCUUCAUCAUCGCCCAGUUCGCAGAUGAAGGCGGAGAGUUGUGCAGCUUCCGUGGAAGAUGGAUUCGGGACACCGUUGGCGGAGCCAGAAGAAGGAGAGGCGGAUCUUGCUUCAGGUCGGUCAGGACAAGUAAUGGCUGGGCCGAAGGGAGGAACGGUUUCGCUAACGUGGGAAGAUCUGUGGGUAACCGUCGCGGAUAAGCAACACGGGUGCAUAUCCAUUCUUCAAGGGCUGACAGGCUGUGCCCGGCCCGGUGAGGUCUUGGCUAUCAUGGGGCCGUCUGGCUGUGGCAAGUCCACUCUUCUUGAUGCAUUGGCAGGGAGGAUAAGUGGAAAGACAAAGCGAACUGGACAGAUUCUUCUUAAUGGAAGGAAAGAGCCGCUGGCAUACGGGACUUCAGCUUAUGUGACUCAGGAUGAUGUCCUAACAUGGACACUGACUGUGAGAGAAGCCAUAUACUUGUCAGCUCAACUUCAGCUCCCAGACUCAAUGCCGCUCUUGGAGAAGAAACAAAGAGCAGACACCACGAUCAAAGAGAUGGGUCUUCACGAUGCCAUUGACACGAGAAUAGGAGGUUGGGGAAACAAAGGCCUCAGCAAUGGCCAAAAGAGGAGGGUCAGCAUCUGCCUGGAGAUCUUGACUCAUCCCAAGCUUCUCUUUCUUGAUGAGCCCACAAGUGGCCUUGACAGUGCAGCAUCAUACUAUGUCAUGAGACGAAUCGUUAGUCUCGCUCAGCAAAAUGAGAUGACAGUGUUAGCAUCCAUUCAUCAGCCCAGCAGUGAAGUGUUUGAGCUUUUCAAGAGUUUGUGCCUUCUCUCUCUUGGAAGAACAGUCUAUUUUGGUCUCUCCAGUGAAGCAACUCAGUUCUUUGCACUGAAUGGUUUCCCGUGUCCAAGUCUGCAAAAUCCAUCCGAUCACUACCUCAGGAUUAUCAACACUGAUUUUGACGAGGACAUCGAGCGAGGUUUUGGAGGAAAGCAAAGCACAGAGGAAGUGAUUAAACUGCUUGUAAGCUCUUAUGUAUCGUCUAAUACCUAUAGGCAAAUUCAACUACAAAUAUCUGAGAUACACCGACAAGUUGACCGGAAUGUACUAGAUCAAGAGGGCCAAGCUUGCUUCUUCACCCAAUUCCCCGUCCUUACAAGAAGGUCUUUCAUUAAUAUGUAUAGGGAUCCAGGAUACUACUGGUUGCGUCUUAUCAUAUACAUUGCCUUAGGAUUUGGUUUAGGCACAGUUUUCUGCAACAUUGGCUCCGGUGAUAGUUCGAUUCAGGCCAGAGGUUCAAUGCUAAUGUUUGUUGCUUCAUUCUUGACAAUACUGGCAAUCGGGGGUUUCCCUUCCUUUGUAGAGGAUUUGAAGGUGUUUGAGAGGGAAAGACUAAAUGGACAUUACAGAACAAGUGCAUUUGUUCUUGGCAAUACUCUGUCAUCCAUGCCCUUCUUGCUUAUAAUUUCCCUAAUUCCUGGGGCCAUCACUUACUAUCUCGUGGGACUUCAGAGAAGCCUGGAGCACUUCAUGUACUUCGCGUCCACUCUUUUUGCCUGUAUGAUGCUGGUAGAGAGCUUAAUGAUGAUUGUCGCAAGCGUCAUGCCGAAUUUCCUUUUGGGACUAAUAACAGGUGCAGGAAUCCAAGGAUUAAUGAUUCUCGGUGGUGGUUUCUUUCGCUUGCCAAAUGAUCUUCCAAAGGUCUUUUGGAGAUAUCCCCUCUAUUACCUAUCUUUCCACAAAUAUGCAUAUCAAGGCCUGUAUAAGAAUGAAUUCGAAGGGUUAACUCUUCCUGGAAAUCCCUUAAUCGGUGAAAGCGCUAUUAGUGGCGAAGGCAUAUUGAGGGACAUAUGGCAAGUGGAAAUGGGUUACUCCAAGUGGACUAAUCUGACCAUUUUGUUCGGGAUGAUGGUCCUGUAUCGACUCAUCUUCUUUGGUGUUCUGAAGAUGACCGAGAAAUUCAAGCCCAUCAUUGGAGAAAUCAUGUUGGCCUUGCGCACGUUACAAACAGAUAAAGUCUCGGUAAAUCCCUUUUGUGUGCCUUUGCAGGAAGCAAAGCGUAACGCAGCUUCAUAAGUUCCCUUUACAAGAAAAACAAGCAAAGGGCAUCUAAAUCUGAGUUUUUCCUUUUUUGAAGAGAGUGAGAUUAUGCAAGUAUGAUAAACAUUAAGCUCGUUGUAAGCAUCUUGUAGAAGAUCAAAUAUUGAACGAGAGCAUUUCGUGCAUAAGAUCAAAC